AUGGAACCAGUUAUUUAAGAGAUAAUGGCUGAAGUGAAUGGUCGAUAUAAUUUAAGUAACAUUCUAGAUGUUUUGGAUAAAUUGAGGAGUAUAAAAUUAUUAACAAAUUAAGGAACUAAAAGAAUUGAUAUAGAAAUGUAUGAUAAAGUUUAUAAACAAAUCAUAACAGAAUCAAGAAAUGAUGGAGAUAAAUGGUAUUAAAGAUAUAUUCCAUUAAAUACUAAAUAAUUGAAAGGAAUAAAUAACUUAAAUUUCUCUUUUGAUGUAAAAACAUCUUGUGAUGAAAAUAACCCAAAUCAAACAAAUAGGAUUCCACUAAGUAAAUUUGAUAAAGUGUAAAAAUUUACAAGUCCAACUAUUUUUGCAUCUCCUCCAACUUUUGAGACAAGAGCAACCAAGUUAACAGAUUUUUAAUCUGAUUAUUAAAAAGAGUAAUCAUAUCAAUUAAUUUAUCAGAUUAACUAAUCAAAUUUUAUAAUAAAUUUCUGAUGGAAAAAGACGUUCUGUUUAAAGUGAUUAUAUAAAAUCAGAAAAAUAACAAAAGACUCAUCGAACCAUUUAAUCAUUUAAUAUAAAUUCAUUACAGUAACUAAUAUCUAUACUAUAACGAAAAAUUAUGCAACAUUAUAGACUUGCAUUUAAUAAAAUUAUUUAUCUUUAUAAUGAACCUGUUAAAUUGUUGUAAGAUGCAGAAAUUUAGGCAGAACCUUUAAAUGUUACAAAAUUUAAUUUAAAAGACUCUUUAUAAAUUUAAAAAGAAAUUUAAUAAUUUCAAGAAAAGUAAACAUUGAAAAUAUUAUUCCAUCAUUUUGAUAAUUUUGUAAUAUGAAUUUAAUUAUUUUAGAAACAAUAUUGGUUGAGAAAAAAGAGAAUUAAAUAUUCUAGAAAUUAAGUAUUGUUAAUGAGAAAACACAAUUAUAUUUAUAGAUCUUUUAUUAAAUUGAGAAAAUACUCCAUUAUACAUAAAUAAAAUAGAUUAAAAAAAACAUAAGCUGAUCAUUUUUAUAGUCUUAAUUAAUUGAAAUUAUAUUUUUAGAAAUUUUUCAAUUAUCAUUUAAUUCAGUAAGAUAAGAAAUCAAAAUAAAAAAUAAGUAUAGGCUUAUUAAGAAUGAAAAAUCAAGAAAUAUUAAAGAAUUGUUUUGUUAAAUUUAAAUUAUAUUAUCAAUAUCGUAGAAAUAAACAUCAAAAUAAUUUAUUAGCUUAUGGUUUAUAUCAAUUAAAAUUAUAAAAACAGUAUUUUUCCUUAUGGAACAAUAUUGUUAUGAAUUAAUAAAAAAGAGAAACUAAUUAAAUAAUUAUGAAAAAAGUCUUAAAAAAAUGGAAACAAUAUCUUUAGCUUAAUAAUUUUAUUAGAAAAUAAAAAUAAAAAGCAGAUUACCUUUUUAGUUAUUUGAAUAAAAGAAAAAUUCUAAAUAUACUAAAAAAAUUUCAUAAUCUAAUCUAGAAUAAAAGUAAAUAUAAAAAAUAAUUAAAUGGUGUUUACUUAUUUCAUUUGUUAAGGAAAACCUUUUAAGGAUUUAGGAUUAAUAUUUAAAUUAGUGAAAAAAAACAAGAGUAAUAUUUUAAUUAAUUAAGAUAAUAUCACCAGAUUGGUCGAUUUUUACAAAUACUUUACAUUAGUAAACCAUUCAAUAUUUUGCAUCAGUAUACAAAGGAAUAAAAAAUGAAAAAAGAACUUAAUUCAAAGGCUUUAGCUAUAUAUAGAGUGAACAAAUUAAGGAGGUAAAUAAAAAAUCAAUAUUUUUAGAUUAACAAAUUUUUGGUUGAAGUGGACAAAAUAAAAAAAGAUUCAUAAAUAAUAAGAUAUUAUGAAUUUACCAUAAAUAAAACAAAUUUAAAUUUAAUUAUAUUUUAAUAAGUAUCGAUUAGCAUUUUAAAGAUCAUUAUGGUUAAAAAAUUUAGUAAGGAUUAUAAGAUCUAAAUAUUAAAAAGAAUUUGUUAAAGAAUUAAAAGUAUAAAUCUACUAUAAAUUAGCUUGUAAAUGUAAGAUAUAAAUAAGAGAAUAAAUAUCCCCUUAAGCUAAAAUAAAAAGUAAUAAGAGGAUUAAGAAUCAAUUUAAUUAAUCGUUUAAAAAAGUAAUAAUUUCAUAAAUAAUUGCUUUCGCUUUAUGAACAUAACAUGGUUAAACAUAUAUUUGAUUAUUUGAAAGCCAGAACAAUUGAUUAUAGAUAAAAAAUAAUGUAAUAAAUAUUAUUUUAAAUAAAUAGUAAUAAAAGAAGUGUUUAGAGAAAUUUAUUUGGAAAAUAUGUAGCAGGCCCAUUUUAUUUCUGGCUUAAUUUUACUUAAAAGCACUCUUACAAAAGAAAUAUUCGAAACAAUUUUGAUAAACUACAUGUAAUUAAAGUUUACUAAAAGUAAAAAAUAUUUUUACAUUAGAGUUUUUAAAUCACUUAAUGAGUAUAAAUGGAAAAAAAAAAUUUAGAAAGUUCAGGAUUAAAAAAACUAUCCCAUCAUUAAGUAAAAAUAAAAGUAGAGAUUUUUUCAAUUUUGGAAUGCAAAACGAUUAUCUAAAGGGAAAAUAGAAAAUUUUUGCAUUUGUUUUACAGACCUACAAAAGAAAAUUUUUUUUAAGCAUAUGAAAGUAAACAAAUUAUUUAUUUACUUCAGUUAAUAAAAGUCAGAGAUUUUUAAAAGAAAAAAUAUAUGAUUUAAGGUAGAAUUUUUUACCUAAUAAAAUUUGCAUUUAACUAAUUGAAUAAAUACAAAAUGUAAUAAAAAAAUCUAUUUAUUAGAAAAAAACUGAAAUAAAGAAAUAAUACAGAAAUUAUAAAAAAAAGACAGUUGCAUCAUCUGAAAUCCAGCAGUUUCAAGCAUAUGAGAAAAUUAUUUACAUUUGAAUAGAAUGUAGCUUAUUUAACGGCUAUAACUGUUUUGUAAAUAAAAAAAAAUUUAUUGUAAAAAUAUUUCAAAGGCUUUAAAGAACUUAUAGUUAAUAAGAAGAAACCUAGAGAUUAAAUUAUGAAACUAAAUAAAUUAAGAAAAUGCCUUCUUGCUUGGAAAGUCUUUACAAGCAAAUAAUAAGGAUCAAAACUUAUGAUUUAAACAAUAAAAGAUAUAUAAAAGGAUUAAAAAUUGAAAUUUUUUCGAAAACUAUUCUUAAAUAAGAGAAUUGAAAAUGCAAAGAUAUAUUAUAAUCAUAAUUUGAUUAAAAAGGUGCUUUUGUUUUGGUUUGAUUUAACCCAAUCAUCUUAAAAGACUAUCUAUCUUUCAAAAAUAUUGAACUAGCUUAGAUUGUAAUAAUUAAAGAAAUAAUUUUAUAAACUUAUACAACAUAAUAAAGCUAUUUAACUUAAAAAAUAACAAUCAAUUGGAAUAACAAGAAAGUUGUUUAAUAUUUGGUUAAUAAAAUUUUCAAAAUUGCAAUAACUUUAACGUUUUUCAAAAUAUAUUACAAAUAAAAGAAAAAUAAAUAUGAAGCACUCACUUUAAAUUUUAAUUGAAAAUAACAAAGAAAUAGAAGCUAUAAAUAAUUUCAACUAUAAACUAUUAACUCAAUUCUUUUUAAAAUGGAAAUCAAAUUAUUAAAAAUCUAAUUCAGUCAAAAAAAUAAUUUCUAUUUUUUAAAAUGGAUAAAAAAGAAUUACAAAAACUGUUUUUUAAAAAAUAAAAAAAAAUAACAAAGUAAAUUAGAUUAUCUUACUUUGUUAAUUUAUUCAAAAAAAAAAAUGUUUUCGAAAAUGGUUUAAGCAAUUAAAUGUAAUAGUGGGAGUUUCAAAAUUACAAUUAUUUUUGGAUUAAAAGGAAAAAGAUCAAUUUUAUAAAAAAGCUAAAAAAUUAUUUUUUCUAAAUAAAAAGUUAUCGUUAAAUUUUAUUUUAGGUAGAAAUAAAUUAAUUAGAAUAUUUUAAAAAUGGGCUUAUUUAUCUAAAAUAAGCAAAAAAUUAAAUAACUUUGAAUAAAAACUUUAAAAUGUUUUUGGAAAUAAAUUUUUCUAUAAACAUUGUUAAAAUUUAUUUUUUUAUCAUUUGCAGAGCUAUAAGAUAAAAUAACUUAAAGGUGAAUUUGCCUUAAAAACUUUUAAUAAAUUAGUCUAAAACAAAUAAUAGUUUGUUUUGAGAUAAUUUUAUUAAAAUUAAGUUUAUCAUAAUUAUCUGAAAUAAAAAAAUAUUAGAAAAUAAAUAAUCUGUUUUACAUUGUGGGCAAAAUUAACAAAUGAGUCUGUAGCACUUAAAAUGUUUUGCAAGUCUAUAGGAGAAGUUUAUAAAAGAAAUAUGUACUAAAAUAUGAAAAUAAUAAAAUAUUUUGGAGAUAAAAAUUAAAAUAUUUUUAAACAAAUAGAUGAUUUGAAAAAAAAGAAAAUUUUGAAAUUUUGGUCAAUUUUGACUUAAAAAAGGAUAGGAGCAUAAAACAUCUACAAAGUAAUAGAAUUAAAUUAUAAUUCAAAAUAACAAAAAUUAUUUUUUGUUUCCAAAUUUUUUGACAUAUUAACCUAAAAUUAAUAUAAAACCUAAAAAAGCAAGAAAUUCUAUGAAAUUUUAAAUUAAAUUAUUUAAAAAAAAAAAAAAUCAUCAUUGUAAUAAGUUUUAGAGUUUAGUAAGUAGUAAUUUUUAAGUAAGUUUGUAAAAAGAAAAUUAAAAAAACACUAUUUUAAAUUAUGGAGAAUUAAUAAAGCUGUGAUAACAUUAAAUAGAAUACUAAGCGCUUGUUAUGAUAGGAAAUUAUCAAAUUACAUAAAAAUAAUCAAAUCAUAUUCAUAAAAUUAAAAAGCACAAUAGCAUUAUGAGGAAAAAUAAAAAUGGCAAUUAAUCUAAUUUUUGAAAAAAGUUAAGGAUGAAACAAAAAAAAAAUUUGAAUACUUGGCAUCUUAGCAAAAUAGCAAUAUCUUUAAUGUUUAUUUUUAAAUUUGGAUCAUUGAACUUUUAAAAAGAACAAAUUAAAGAAAAUAAUUUUAAAAAAUCUUCAGUGGAUUUUAUUUAUAUCAUUAUAGAAAGAUUGGUGCUGAGUUCAUUAAAAAAUUAAAACUAGAAAAAAAAUUGUAAAUUUUUGUAAUUAUGGUAGAUAAAUUAAAGAUGAAUUUGAAUCUUAAAAUUCUCUAAUUUAUUCAGUUUUUAAGGGAUGGAAAAUGUUAGUUGAUGAAAGAAAAAUGCUUAAAAAAUACUUAUAAUAAUGUUCUGUUGAAGAAAAAAGAGGAAAAAGUAUUCCAAAAAAUAUGCCAUAUUGA